GCUCCCUCCCGGCAGGGCAGGGGGACUGGCGGUACCGGAGCCCUCCGGGACGGGUGGACGGGGCCGUGACUGUGACCUCCCCCAGGGGCGCUCACCCUGCCCCGCUCACCCGACUGUAGCCUCGGGUCGCUGGAUGAGGAACGCGCUGGCGCUGCUGCUGCUGCUGCUGCUGGUCCCGGGGGCACGGGCUGCCCCGCAGGGCGGGGGGCACAGGCCUGAGGACCCUGCAGCCAUGAGGCUGGAUCCUGAUUUUGACCUGUUCAGCCUGGAGUUGCCCACACUGCUCCCGACUGUCCCCAGGCUGCUGCAGAGCACAGUGCAGAGUCUGGCAAUGCUGGAGCAGGAUGUGGAGGCCCUGACACGGGAGCAGGUCCUGCUCUAUCUCUUUGUGCUGCAUGACCAUGACCGAAACGGGCAUCUGGAUGGGCUGGAGCUGCUGCAGCUGCUGGGCACAGUGCUGGCACAGCGGAAUGGCAGGCAGCCACACCUUGACAUGGUGGCUGUGCUGGUGGACCAAGCCUUGGAGAGGCAGGACAUGAGCAAAGAUGGGCUCCUCAACCCCCGUGAACUGCUGCUUGACCCCCCUAAGCGGCUGCUGUCGCCUGGCCAAGAGCAGGGAGCCCCAGAGCCACCCCUCCUGUCACAUCCCAGGGAACCAGAGGUGCUUGGGAGGAACAUGGGGGUGAAUGGCCCAGGACUCGGGCCAGCAGAGAAGCAGAAAGAGGGGCAGGAAGCCCUUCAGGCUGAAACACCGCAGGCUGAAUCCCCCGAUGCUGGACUCAUGAAGGCAGAGGACACCCCCAAAACUGAAGCUCCUGAGGUUGGAGCCCCUGAGGAAGAGACAGCCCUAGUAUGGGGGGAUCCCGGGGAGGGGUAGAGAGCAGGGCUGCAGACUGGGCUGCUCCCUGCCCCACUCAGGGCACUUAGCAUGGGGGAGGGUCCCCCAUCCUGCAGCAGUGCCAGGGUUACACCGUUUGCUCCUGUAACAUGCCAGGACAGGGAAAUACAGGCGCUGCCACCAGUGCUCACCUGGA